AUGGAAGAAAAUGAGUCCCCAUUGGGGCAAGACCAUGAUUUUGAAGUAGGUGCUGAUACUAGUUCCUUACAAGCAGUUGUUUCCAAUGAAGCUACAAGUAAUGUGAGUAAUACUGAAGGACAAGACAGUCAGCAGAAGUUAGACGAUACUAAAGUCACCAAUCCUAUACUUAAUGAAUACCAACAAGCAUGUCAAUCUGGAGAGAUUGUAACUGUCAAGAAGCUAGUCGAAUCUGGAGCGAUCGAUAUUCAUCAAGAUUUUGAUCCAGCAGAAAAAGUUUCAGGUCUGCAUUGGGCCGCUAUUAAUAACCGAUUAACAGUCGUUAAGUAUUUGGUAUCUCAAGGUGCAGAGGUCAAUUGCCAAGCUGAAAAACUACAUUCAACGCCUUUACAUUGGGCUGCUCGUUACGGGUAUGUCUAUAUUGUCGACUAUUUGAUUACAUUUGGCGCUGAUAUCAAUUUAACGGAUGAUCAAGGAUUCAAUUUAUUGCAUCUUGCGGUAAAUAGUUCAAAUAUCAUGCUUGUGGCAUAUGUUUUAUUUUUUGUUGUGAACAAAGGUCUAUUGGAUAUUAAUACGCAAGAUCCUAAUGGUAGAACAUCAUUAUUAUGGGCAAGUUAUCAAGGAGAUUCUUUAACUGUUGCAUUAUUACUGAAAUUUGGGGCCAAUAUUAAUUUACAAGAUUCUGGAGGUUUUACUGCUUUGCAUUGGGGUGUAGUUAAGGGCCAAUUACAUGUCAUUAAGUAUUUGAUCAGAGCAGGUGGUGAUUUUUUCCAAAAAACCAAUGAUGGUAAAGAUUGUUUUGUUAUUUCUAAUGAAUUACAUACUGCUCAUUCAUUGAAGAGAGCAUUAAACUCAUGUGGAUUUAAAGAUAACGGCUAUCCCACAUGGAGACUAUUUUCAGAACCCUUAUAUGCUAAAUUUACAAUUUUCAUAACACCUUUAUUAUUUAUUGGGGUUGUUGGCAAUUUAUUCUGUGUAUCAAACCCGAUCAUUUGGAUAUUAGUUUCAAUGAUACUUGGAUUCUCAUUGAGUCAAUUUUUCCAAAGACUGGUUCUUCCUUCAUUCAUUGGUUCAUCAGAUGCCUCAGAUCCAUUAAUUGAUUACAAUAUAGCCAGGUCACCAUUAAUGGCAGGAAUUUUCUUUGGUAGUUUAUUUUGGGUCACUGUUGUAUCCACACUAAUGAUCGUCCCAAAGAUGGUUAGUAUUGGUGCAUAUGCCAGUAGUACAUUUAUUUUGAUUUCGUUAAUAUUAUCGUACGUUACCUUUUUCAAACUAUUGAAUAGUGAUCCAGGAAUUAAACCACCCGUUAGGGACCAACCAGAGAUUGUUCGAAAUACCAUCAUUGAACUAAUGAAACUUGGUAAAUUAGAUACAGAGAAUUUCUGCAUAGAGACAUGGGUUCGUAAACCUUUAAGAAGUAAAUAUUCAAAAUUUUCUAAAGGGUUAGUUUCAAGAUUCGAUCAUUUCUGUCCUUGGGUUUAUAAUGACAUUGGGUUACGUAAUCAUAAAUUGUUUAUGUUUUUUGUGAUUGUUGUUGAAUGUGGUAUAAUGGCCUUCACAUAUUUAAUACUAGAAUCUUUCCAAUUGAUUAAAAAUAAUACUGUAAAAUCUGGUAUCACUGAGGAUAAAUGUUUCCUUGUAGGUGACAGUUCUCUCUGUUAUGGAUAUCACCAUGAUAAAUUUUCAUUCAUAAUAUUAAUGUGGUCAAUAUUACAAGGUUCAUGGAUUUUAUUCCUGUUAAUCAUGCAAAGUUUUCAAGUAGCCAAGGGUGUCACAAGUUAUGAGUUCACACAGUAUGCUAGGCUUGCCAAGCACACGAUGGGUUCACACUCCCAUCCGCAUUCGCAUAAUCAUGACUUGGAGACAGGACGUGGCCUGGAUGAAACAUUUAACACCACACCAGAAGACAUGAAAUCUCAAGAUGACGGUAACGAAGAAUACGAUGAAGAAAACUUUACGACUAUCAAUGGAGAAGAAACAAACAAUGGUUCCACUGAUUUACUUAUGAUGCAACCUCACGGUCGUAAAUCAAUAUUUGGAAUAUGUUACAGAUUGCUAGGUUUGACUCAAUUAUGUCAAGUCAUGAAAGAGACUCUCGGGUAUGAUCCAAAUGGUUCUAAUUGCAACCUGAGUCUCAAGAACACACGUCGUGUGCAAAUCCCUACUAAUUAUGGCAUGAGGACAAAUGUGAUAGAUUUCUUGUUGACUAGUGACAAAGGUGCUCCAAUAUGGGAACGAUUUAUGUAUCCACCUAUUAAUUCGCGUGCAUUAUUAAAUGGUAUUGAUGUAGACUAUUUUUCGUUAUAUGAACUACCUGUAAAGGGCCAGAGUUCUUCUAUGACCGUUUAA